AUGGACAAUACUAGGAUGAACUCCUUCUUAGAGUAUGCAAUUUGUAACCGUGGGACGGGCGCCUACUCACCCAAGGGCUACCAUCAUUUAGAGCAAGGGGUAACCUCCUUCCCUGCUUGCUCAGGUACACCCAGCAGUGACAGUUAUAAUGGAGACGGACGCUUUGUCGUAGCAGGGAGCGCUACGGUGCCCAGCCAUCCUGCUCAGCCGAACCCAGGCUACCCUCACCCCCACCCUGCAGGGCUUGGCCUCCCCUUCUCGGGCUCUGCAGCCGCAGGGUACCCGCCCCAAGCCUGCAACCCCAGCUACGGGCAUCACCAGUUCUACCUCAGCCAGCAGGAAACGGAUGGCGUGUAUUUCCAAUCUGCCCCCGCCGGAUCUAACCUCAGCUCUGGGUCAGACGGCUACUGCCCCGCCGUGUCAGGUUCUGGGCAGUACCAACACCACCCCUAUGGGCAGGAGCAGCCAGCCUACUUGCAGGGAGCUUACAGCCACCUUUCGUCUGCUUUAAACGAGGACAAAGAUCACGCCUGCCCCUCUGAGCUCUGCCCCACCGCCAGCCUCACACAGACCUUCGACUGGAUGAAAGUGAAAAGAAAUCCUCCCAAAACAGCUAAAGUGUCUGAAUAUGGACUGGUCGCCCCCCCCAACGCCAUCCGGACCAACUUCACCACCAAGCAGCUGACGGAGCUGGAGAAGGAGUUUCACUUUAACAAGUACCUCACCCGGGCCAGGCGAGUGGAAAUCGCCGCCACCUUGGAACUCAACGAAACCCAGGUGAAGAUCUGGUUCCAGAACCGGCGGAUGAAGCAGAAAAAGCGGGAGAAGGAAGGCCUGGCCCCCGCUCCUGCCCCCAGGGCUGCUAAGGAAGUGGGCGAAGCCUCGGACCAGUCCAGCUUCACCUCACCCGAGGCCUCUCCCAACUCCGUUUCCUCCUGAAACGGUCCCUUCAAGGCGCAGGAAGGAUAAGGCCAUCUCCCUGCAAACUGAGCCAAGGCACGGAUACCCAGCCCGUGUACACUCCCACACGUCCACACACACACCCCA